AUGAAUGACACAAUUCAUACCUUCAUGCAAGAACAACGAGAGUUCCACAAGAAACAAGAAGCAUAUAUGGCUACAAUAGCCGAUGCCCUUUCCCGUCUAACUCUCCCUCCUCCAACCACGCAAAAUACCCAACAACCUUCAACCUCAAGUAGUUUACCCUCCCAACCUCAACCCAAUCCUAAGGGUAGCAUCAAUGCUAUUACCCUUAGGAGCGGCACCAAAUUGGAUAAGAAUGUUCCUAUGCCUACAAAGUUGAGUGAGGAGACAAACAAUGAAGACGUGGGAGAUGAAGUGGAAGUGAUGAGGGAUGAAGAUGAAGGUGUUGAUAAAAGCAAGGAAGAACCACCUAAGGUCAAAGAGCCAAAGAGAAAGACGUUGCUUGAAGAGCCUUUGCCCAUUCCAUUCCCAUCUUUAGCCAAGAAGGCUAAGAAACAAGAAGAGCUUGACCCCACUAUGGUGGAAGUUUUCAAGAAGGUUGAAGUCACCGUCCCUCUCUUCCAAGCAAUUCAACAAGUUUCAAGAUAUGCCAAGUUCCUUAAGGAUGUUUGUACUCACAAAGAAAAGCUUGGCAACCUCAACACAAGGCCGGAAGAUGAUUCUAUCUCUUCCUUACUUCCUGAAAAAUGCAAUGAUCCCGGCCCAUGUUUGGUCACUUGUUUGAUUGGCGAAAUUAAAUUCAUGGAUUGCAUGUGUGAUCUGGGGGCGUGUGCGAGCAUUAUGCUGCUCUUCGUUUAUGAAAGAUUGAAUUUGGCACCCCUAAAGAGGUCCGGAGCGAGGUUCGUGCUAGCCGAUAAGAGUAUUGUGUCCGUUGUUGGGAUUGCCGAAAAUGUCCUAGUCAAUAUUCAAGGAUUGCUCUUCCCAGUUGAUCUUCACAUCUUGGAGACACCUCCCAUUGAUUCAAGCAAGCCAUCAUCCAUACUCAUUGGAAGGCCUUGUGAUGUAGUUGAAGAGCAAGUCAUAGAGGAUGGCAAGGAGCAAAAAGAAGAGGAUGUUGCCAAGGAAUCAAGUUCAAAGGAUGUUACUCAACCCAAAAAUGCCAAGGAGUUGGAGAUCUUCCUACUUGGUGAAGUUCCCAAAUGA